AUGCUACAGUAUAACCGAGAUACUACUACUGUACUAGUUGAGCUACGUGUUAUCCCUAGUCUUUGUCUCAUUCCAUUGACCAGGCAUUUCGAGUACUUACGUCGACGACCCCGAUGCGGUUCAAUGACCGCACCAGUGGCUUCAUCACUAACUCUCUUCUAUGGUACUCGAGCCAACUUUGGCAUGAGAUGUCCGAUGACCAAUCACCACCAAAUAACCACCUUUGUCAGCCUCACCACUUUUCUCAUCUUAGUUGUCACGGCGACGACGAACAACCCCACACCUGUCCUCAACAACAACUUGCCCUUCUUUACCGAGUCAUUUCUAUAG